AGAGGGAGAGCGCCGGGGGGAAGAAGGGCUUCUCUCAGUCAGCGGCUCAGCUCGCUCUGCCGCCAGUUGGUGCUAAGGCAGUUGAAGUGGCGGUUUGCAAGCGGAGCGGAGCCUGCCCUGCGCGCUGAGGGGCCGCCCGAGGGGCAGCCGCCAAGCCGGGGAGAGGAAGGGAGCAGGGAACCCCCAAAUCUAUGGUUGGAACUGGGCUUCUUUUUUCGCCAAUGCAAAAAGGAAUAUGCAGUGCAUUUUCGCCUUCUUUUGCACCGGUUUUCUAGGGGCGGUAGUAGGUGCCAAUUUCCCCAACAACAUUCAGAUCGGGGGAUUAUUUCCAAAUCAGCAAUCCCAGGAACAUGCAGCUUUUAGAUUCGCAUUGUCGCAACUCACAGAGCCCCCGAAACUGCUCCCCCAGAUUGAUAUAGUGAACAUCAGCGACAGCUUUGAAAUGACGUAUAGAUUCUGCUCCCAAUUCUCUAAGGGUGUCUACGCCAUCUUUGGAUUUUACGAGAGGAAGACAGUCAACAUGCUCACCUCCUUUUGUGGGGCCCUCCACGUCUGCUUCAUCACGCCCAGCUUCCCUGUUGACACAUCCAAUCAAUUUGUUCUCCAGCUGCGCCCAGAGCUGCAGGAUGCUCUCAUAAGCAUCAUCGACCACUAUGAGUGGCAAAAAUUUGUGUACAUUUAUGACGCCGACCGAGGGUUGUCAGUUCUACAGAAAGUCCUAGAUACUGCUGCUGAGAAGAAUUGGCAAGUGACAGCUGUCAACAUCUUGACAACAACAGAGGAAGGCUAUCGGAUGCUAUUUCAAGAUCUAGGGAAGAAGAAGGACCGACUGGUGGUGGUGGACUGUGAAUCAGAGCGCCUGAAUGCCAUUCUGGGCCAGAUCAUAAAAAUGGAAAAGAAUGGCAUUGGCUACCACUACAUCCUGGCAAACCUGGGUUUCAUGGACAUGGAUCUGGCUAAGUUUAAGGAGAGUGGCGCCAAUGUGACGGGUUUCCAGUUGGUAAACUACACUGACACAAUCCCCGCCAAGAUUUUACAGCAGUGGAAAAACAAUGAUGUUCGUGAUCAUACCCGAGUUGAUUGGAAGAAGCCGAAAUAUACCUCGGCACUGACAUAUGAUGGUGUUAGGGUGAUGGCAGAGGCCUUCCAGAGCUUGAGGAAGCAGCGCAUUGAUAUUUCCCGAAGGGGCAAUGCUGGAGACUGCUUGGCCAACCCAGCUGUACCCUGGGGCCAAGGGAUUGACAUCCAAAGGGCUCUACAGCAGGUACGAUUUGAAGGUUUGACUGGAAAUGUACAAUUUAAUGAGAAAGGGCGACGGACCAACUAUACCCUUCAUGUGAUAGAAAUGAAACAUGAUGGUAUUCGGAAGAUUGGUUACUGGAAUGAAGAUGACAAGUUUGUCCCUGCAGCCACUGAUGCCCAGGCUGGUGGUGAUAACUCUAGUGUCCAGAACAGAACAUAUAUUGUCACAACCAUCCUAGAAGACCCUUAUGUGAUGCUAAAAAAGAAUGCCAAUCAGUUUGAAGGCAAUGACCGUUAUGAGGGUUAUUGUGUGGAGCUAGCAGCUGAGAUUGCCAAACAUGUAGGGUAUUCUUAUCGGCUGGAGAUAGUCAGCGAUGGAAAAUAUGGUGCCCGAGACCCUGACACAAAGGCUUGGAAUGGCAUGGUGGGGGAACUGGUCUAUGGGAGAGCAGAUGUGGCUGUGGCCCCCUUGACUAUCACCUUAGUCCGGGAGGAAGUCAUCGACUUUUCUAAACCUUUCAUGAGUUUGGGUAUCUCCAUCAUGAUCAAGAAACCCCAGAAGUCCAAGCCAGGGGUUUUCUCCUUCCUGGAUCCCCUGGCCUACGAGAUUUGGAUGUGUAUCGUGUUUGCUUACAUUGGUGUGAGCGUUGUGCUCUUUCUGGUCAGUCGCUUCAGCCCCUAUGAGUGGCACAGUGAAGAAUUUGAGGAAGGACGUGACCCAGCAACCAGUGACCAGUCCAAUGAGUUUGGGAUCUUCAAUAGCCUCUGGUUUUCCCUGGGAGCUUUCAUGCAGCAAGGCUGUGACAUUUCACCCAGGUCUCUCUCUGGCCGAAUUGUUGGUGGCGUUUGGUGGUUUUUCACCUUGAUAAUCAUCUCCUCCUACACGGCUAAUCUGGCAGCCUUCCUGACCGUGGAAAGGAUGGUAUCUCCUAUUGAAAGUGCUGAAGACCUGGCUAAGCAAACUGAGAUUGCUUAUGGAACCCUGGAGGCAGGAUCAACUAAAGAAUUCUUUAGGAGGUCAAAGAUCGCUGUCUUUGAGAAGAUGUGGACAUAUAUGAAGUCAGCUGAGCCCUCAGUUUUCGUGAGAACCACAGAGGAGGGCAUGAUCCGGGUGAGGAAGUCCAAAGGCAAGUACGCCUACCUCCUAGAGUCUACAAUGAAUGAAUAUAUUGAACAACGGAAGCCCUGUGACACCAUGAAGGUGGGAGGUAACUUGGAUUCUAAAGGCUACGGCAUUGCAACACCCAAGGGGUCAGCUCUGAGAAAUCCAGUAAACCUGGCAGUGUUAAAACUGAACGAGCAGGGGCUUUUGGACAAAUUGAAAAACAAAUGGUGGUACGACAAGGGCGAGUGCGGCAGCGGGGGAGGUGAUUCCAAGGAUAAGACAAGUGCUCUGAGCCUCAGCAAUGUGGCCGGGGUGUUCUACAUCUUGAUCGGAGGUCUCGGGCUAGCCAUGCUGGUUGCCUUAAUCGAGUUUUGCUACAAGUCUCGUAGCGAAUCCAAGCGGAUGAAGGGUUUCUGUUUGAUUCCACAGCAAUCCAUCAAUGAAGCCAUACGGACAGCAACUCUGCCCCGGAACAGUGGGGCAGGAGGCAGUGGAGAGAACGGCCGUGUCGUCAGUCAUGACUUCCCCAAAUCCAUGCAAGCAAUUCCAUGCAUGAGCCACAGCUCGGGAAUGCCCUUGGGAGCCACAGGAUUGUAACAGGAGAUGAUCGAGUCCCCAGGGGAGCAGGGCUGGUCUCCCUAAGCCCCCUCCCAAACCCUUCAGUGCCAAAAAAAAUAUUGAAAAGCAACCAUCACCAGUCACCAUGACCAUAGCAGGACAAUUCGACGGUCUUUCCUGAGGAACUAAGAAUCCCGUUUCCUUUCUUUUUCCCCUUCCUUUUUUGCUUCUGUUAUCAUUGCUCUCUGAAGGAUCCCAGUUAUAGGAGGUGAAUAACUGCAUUACAUUGCAAUAAGCAAAAAAGUAACUGGAUUUAACAGACUCACAAACUCUGAAAAUGGAAUCACUAAUGAGGAGAUUGCACCACUUUGUUUUAACUUGAUCAUUAAUGUGUCUGAGUGUGUGCAAUAUUAUUUUUUCCCUUACUAAUCUCCAUGGUUUGCAGGUUCAGUUUGCCCUUCUCCUCAAUCCCACCCUCCUUGUUUCAGGCUUGAUUGGAAUCCAUAGGACCAAGCCAGAGUUUCCAGCAAGUCAAAGGAAACGUCCAAGUUAACACCAUGAGGGAGGAUUCAAAGUUGCCCUUCAUUCAUUUCAUGGCCCAUAGGCCAUCCGUUGCUUUAGCUGUGGCCCAGGGCUGGGUACAGAAUUGUAUGUAGUUGGGGAGAGUGGUCAGAAUUCUCCCCAAGAAGAAGGGCAGAAGGCACUAAGGCACUGACUUAGUCUGGAAAUGAUACAAGAAAAAUAGAAGAAAAAAAAAAGGUAGGCAAGUAGCACUGUGAGAUGAAGGAUUAUUCCAGAAGGUUCCCCUUUGGGAAGCACAGGGAACAAUGACUUGGAAUUUUUAAGAGCCAGUCAGGCAGACUUAUGUGGAAAGUUAGGUUCUGUGCAGGGCCUGGCUCGGCCCUGAAAACUGUGCAUGUCUGAGUUCAAAGAACUUCUGGCAAAUGAAGGGAGAAGAAUCUACCAGGUGAAGCUGAGAAUUGAGAGUGGCAAAUUAACAAGGUAGGAAGUUUAGCAAAAAGUCUUCUCUACCUUACCUGAGGUUAACUGGGGUCUCCAAAACUGGGAGAACAGUUUCUCCUUCCCUGUACCUCUAACAGGACAGGGAAGCUAUGGACAGGGAAUUGCAGAAGCUCAUAGGCAAAAGAAAAUUAGAGAAGUGUUGUGGCUAAGAGAGCCUGCAGCACUGGAGACCAUGAAUCCUUACUGUUCUAGAACAAGGCACAGAGGGAGCAUCCCAUCCAAGUGUCUCAAGCCUAGCACAAGGGACUAAGUAUGAACCUUGGGUUUUAGAACCUGAGUAACUUAUUUUUACUUAGAUCUAAAAACAAAACAAAAAAAUUAUUUGAGCAAGUAGAUGGCCUGCCAAGCCAAGUCUUUUUUUUUCCAGUUUUAGAAGGUGUGAUACCUGAGGCUGAAUCAUUUUUAAGCAAAUUGGGGAAGAGGGAUUAAGAAGCUGAUUUGUUCUGGGGAUAACCCCAGUCCCCCAACAUCCUGGGCUUACUAGUCAAUCGGGAACUUUGCGUUUGGGUUAAGUGAACAAAUCUUACCCCUAUGCUCUAAGCAAGUGUCAAGGCCCAGUUUCAUUUUCUUAAGGAAAUAGUUGAGCCUUUGGGACUAUCAAUGGGUUGGAGAGAAGGUUUAGGUCUAAGAAUAGAUUCCAGGCAGACAUAUGAGUUCUGUGGGAUGGAGGGUGGAGGGUCUCUUAUAUGAAGCUUCUCCUAGGGCCACUCAACCAUUGUACUGGUGUAACUGGCUUCCAGCAACCCUACAGCGUUCUUGUUAAUGCAUGACUCGGUGCCGUAAUGUGUCACAACUUUUAAUGACAACCCCCUCUCUGACCUGUUCUGUAUCAUCUGCUGACCUGGUAUCCACAAAUGAUGUCUUCUCCACUAAGGGUUAUCAUUGGCAGUUGGCAAGCUUAAAGACACCGGGUGCCUACUUGAUGGCACAGCAUGCUGGUCCACUUGUCUUUGGAGUCUCUCAGUGGAUGCCCCCUCCAUUUUCAGGUUUCUUCCAUAUCCCCUCAAGGGACCAUUGCCAGCUGUGAAGAAUGCCUUCUUGAGGUCAAAUGCAAGCAUUGUUUUUCUAUACAGCACGUCUGGUGUGGGCAUGGCACAUACAAGGAUCCAAGACGGACUUCCAAUAUUCACUGCCGGGAGAUUUUCCCUCCAGAUUUUUCCCAGCGCACUGCCCCCACCAACACCACAGGGACCAAUUAGGACAGGAAAUGGGGAUGUGCCAUUUCCGUGGAGUUGGAAAUAACCACUUUUUCCCCACUUCCCUAUCACUGCUCUUCAAAGACAUUUUGCCUUUGGCCUGAGCAUCCAACCACUUUCUCCACCCACUGAACCAGCCAGUGAGAUGGUCAGACAGGGAGAGAUCUCCUGGGCUAGGACCGAAGGCCUGGGAUAACAGGAUCUUGUGACUCAAUCAAGAAAAAAAAAAAGGAUGGGACAAAAAAAGCAAGAAAAAUGUUAACUUGUAAUAUGUAUUUUUAUUACACUUUUCUUAAAAAUAGAGAAAUGGGAAAACUCUUAAAGGCAUUGACAUUUUUCUCAGCAGGAAUCUCUAUUUAACAGUUGUGACUCUCAUUAAAUUUUGCUCUUUGGUACCUGGAGCUUUUAUUUAACAUCUCUAUUUGUUUUAACUCUCUUGGCAGAUGUGCAAAAGGAUUCUUGUGUGAUCAAACACUGAAAUACCUUCUCUUUUCUUGUUUUUCUUUUAAAUGGUCAACUUUUGGGAUCACUUUUUUUUCCUUUUCCUUUCCAUCAUUUGCAUAAAAUGGAAAUAUCACUGAGAAUUAAAUCACUGUGGAUCCAUGAUCUAUUUUUCACACUUGUCUAUUCAGUUUUAUCCAUUCAGUGCCAAAAUUGUUGCAAAUGGAGACAAUGUUACCCCUAAGGCAGUAUGACUUGGUUGUAGCUGAAUGAAAUCUCCCUUGGUGACUGCCACUCCUGCCUUACAAUUAGCAGUCAAAUAAAUGGUUUCAGGUUGAAUUUCAGCUCCGUCCAGUAUUUACCAAGGGAAAUGGGGGAUUGGGGAUCGGGGGAACCAUGAAAGUAUUUCCUUUGUGAGAUAUGAUCCAAUACACUGAUAUCAAAGAAUAUUGACUAUCAGGGUUAAAAGGGUAAAGUCUGAAGGAAUCUUAGGGAACACCUUGUAAUUAAGAUUAGACAUCUAGUCCAACCUUCUAACUUUACAAAAAAAAGAAACUGAGAACUCUUGUUCUUGCACAGAAACAGCAUUAAGAUCCCAUGUCUCCUGGACCUCAGUCCUGGGUCCUUUAUUCCAUACUAUGAAAAAGGCACUAGAUGUUUCUGUUUUUGUUUUAAUUUGGGAAUCAUAAAAUGGUAGAGCGGGAAGAAGAAACCUAUAAGAAUAUCCACUCCAGAGCCCUCAUGUGAAAGGUGAGAACAUUGAGGGUUAUGGCCAGAUAGAAGCAGGCAAUCAAACUAAGAUCUAGCUACUACUCCACCAAUUCACAUUUGAAGAGGCAGUAUAGUGUAGUGAUAGAACAUUGUACUUGGAAUAAUGAGGAUCUGAGUAUAAGUUCCUUUUCACAAGCUCACUAAUUGUGUGAUCUUCAAUAUUUUCCUGGGCUUCAGUUUCCUUCUUUUCUAAAAUGAAGGGAUUGGACUCAGUGACCUAUAAGAUCCUUUCCAGAUGUAAAAUCGAUGAUCAAGCCCUUACCAUAUGUGCCAAGCACUUUUAAGUGCUGGGGAUAUAAAGACAAAAAAUAAGAGUACUCAAUAAAUGUUUGUUGAUUGACUUACUGAUUCCCCUCUUUCUUUCCUUAAGUAAAUUAGUGAUUUGAUUUAUUUUAUUGUCCAUUUAUUAAAUAUUAAGUACCUACUAUGUACCUAGGCUUCCUUUGAGGUACUAUGCAGGAUACAAGAAGCAUAUUCUACUUGAUCCGCAUGGGACAGUCUAGCAACAAUUCUAUUUCCUCAUUCAUUGUAUAUGUGACCUAUCUCAAUUUUCCAAUCCUGGUUGCAAAUAUUCCCAGCUUGAAUCUUCAUUCUCUACAGCCAUCAUUUUAUUUUCUAGGCAGUGAAGCUGACAGUUUUGAUAUUUGCCAUCAAUCCUUCCUUAUAGAGAGACAGAACCAGUGGUAGGAUAUUGGGAUUCAGAGAAGCACCCAGGAAAUGGUUCACACAGUAGCUGCUAAAAGAGUUCAGAGUAGGAUGCAUUGAAUCACUGUGGGCUAGGAUAGUCAAGGGAGGAGCUAUCUGUGUGACCCAAGGCUAGUUACUUCACCAGUGAGCCUCAGUUUUCACAUAUAUGAAGAUUUUCACUCUCUACCUUAGAAGAUUGUGAGAAAAGUAUGGAGUAAAUCUAAAAGCACUCUAGAAAGGUGAGUUGCUAUCAAAUGGUACAAUAUGUAAUCUGUAUUCUAUUCAACUGAAGUAGAGAGUGAGUUAAAGUUUUAAAAUAGGUAAAUGAUACAAAUCAAAGUAAUAUUGUAAAAUGAUUAAUCUGCAAUGAUAUUUAUGUGAAAUGGGAAGUACUAGAGGAAGGAAAGAAAUCAUUUAGGAAGCCAUUGAAAUUAGGCCUAAACUUGGAAGGUAGGCAUUUGGAAUGGGAAGUUAUAGAUAUUCCAAAGAGACAACUUAUUGGAAUUUGACAACUAAUCAGAUGGAAAGAGGGAGGCAGGGAGAUGGAGUACAGGAUGAUACUCAGGAUAAUGCUGGUAAUAGAAUGAGGAACAGCUUGAAGUAGGGAAUGGGAGGGAUGAUGAGUUCCUCUUGGGAAAUAUUGUGCUUAAAGGUCCAGAAGAAUAAACAAGUGGACAUGUCAAGCAUUCAGUUAGAAACAUGGGCCUUAUCCUAGGAAGGAGAUCAGAAAGGGUUUUGAGAGACAGGACAAACUGAAAAUUUGGCUAAAGAAAAAAACAUCCAACCCCAAGAGCAGUUGAGGGUAGACUGGGAGUGGGAGGUGAGGGACACAUGGUAACAGCCGAGUGUGGGCAGACCUGGGCACUGACAGUUCUGUUUAAUCCAUGCAGUACCCAGAUGGCACCAGGGAAGCCCAUGAUGCCACCUGUGCUCUCCCACACCUCCCCACUCCUCCAUCUUACCCCCGUCAGACAAGCGGGAGAGGUGAGAUUGAAUUGCUAACCCUAUUGAUCCUGCCCACUUCAGGCCAUCAUCACUCCAAUAUUAUAAAUGGUAGCCAACUAGGAGAUUUUCAUCCAUAGAUACCAAAAUAAACCUCGGUCCCGCUCAGAUGACUUGGAGUCCUACAUUUAGUCAAGUAUAAUUCUUUUACCACAUUCCAGGAUAAUAGAUUUAGAAUCAGAAGGAACCUUAGAGGUCUAGUCCAUCUAAUUCAACACACUCUUUUUUACAUUUGAGAAAUAGAUUCCCAUAAAGGAUAAAUAAUUUGCCCAGAAUCACAUAGAAAGUAGGGUGCCAGAACUGGAUUUAAAAUCAGAUUCUCUGGUUCCAAAUCUCUUUUUUUUCACCACAGCAUGCUGCCUCUUAGCAAGUGUCAACACUUUUUUUGUUUGUUUAGUUUUGUUUUGUUUUUGUUUUUUAAGAUAAAACCAUUUCACUGAAAUAAUGUUCUCCAGGUCUUUAUUAUUCUACAUAUUUCACUGUAAUUGUAAAAAAAUUAUUUAGGAUGAAACUGUGAGAUUAAAAGGGAACUUAGAGAUUACCUAGUCUAAUGCUCUAAUUGUGAAGAUACUGAGUUCUAUCCUGUCCUAUGACCUGCCUACCUCUCAUACCAACACCCCCACCCAAACAUGCACAUCUUCAUUUCUCCUAAAUAUUCCCAAUUCUUUUAAAUGAUUCUUUACACAUCCUGGCCACUUCACCCUCCUCUGGAUAGAGCCAAAAUAGGAGGGAGACUAAAAAAUAAAAAUUAUAUAUAUAUAUAUAGUGUACAUAUAUGUGUGGAUACACACACACACACACACACACACACAUAAUCUUAUAACUUAAGAGAUCAUUUAGCCCAAUUCAAGUUGAGUCAGUCAGCAAGCUUUUUAAAGCACCUACUCUAUGUGCCAGGCACUGUGCCAGGCUGUAGAUAUCAAAUGCAAAAAAAUAAAGCAGAGGGAGGGGAGAGAAGGGGGAAAUUUCUGUUCUCAAGGAGUUUGCAUUCUAAUGGGGAGAUCACAAGUGUGUGUGUGUCCACACAAAGGAAUUAAUAUAAGUAAAUACAAAACAAAUACAAAGUAUUUUGGAAGAAAGAGCACUAACAAUUGACAGUAAAGAUUUUAUGUAGAAGGCAGAGAUGAGGAGUAGGUACAUUCCAGGCAAGGGAAUUACUAGUACAUAGCCAGAGAUAAGAAAUAGGGUAUCAUAUGAAAAACAGAGAGGUCAGUUUGGAAGGAUCAAAAAAGUCAAGAAUGGAUAAUUAGGCUGGAAAAUUAAGUUAAAACAUGGUGUGAGGGGCUUUAAAAGCCAAAUAAAGGAGCUUCUGUUUUAUCUUAGUGGCAACAGGAAGUCACUGCAGUGUGUUGGGUAGGGUUGAAUGAGUGACAUGGUCAAAUCUGAAUUUUAGUAGAAAUAUGAAGGACAGAAAGUGGGAUAAGACUUGAAUCAGGGAAAUUAGGAGACCAUGGUAAUAAUCUAGAUGAGAAGUGUUGAGGCCCCAAAUGGAAGUGGCCAGGCUGGACCAAGAAUCCAGAUCUUCUUGUCAAUCUAAGGUUAUUUUUACUCUUUCAUAAUGCCUCAAUAAUGGCACUAGAAUCAAACCACAUUGUGCUUUCUCUCCUACAUAUUCAGUUUCUUAUGCUGUCUUGAACUAGUUACUUUAGGAACUAUAAAGCUUGUAAGAUGUUAGCUUUCCAUUAGCAGAGGAUGAGGUAAAAAAUAAAACCUUGCUGGGUAGGAGAGUGAUGUUAUCAGACAUCCUUCUCUGUGAUGGCCUUUAGCCUCUUGACAUCUCUUUUCAAUAUUUAGAUAUGAUAAAAGGUGAGUUCCAGAAAAAGACUAGUUACAGAUUCAUAACAUUUUAGUGUGUAAAGUAGAAUCAAGAAUUCUAGAGCCAGAAUGGACACUAUAGAUCAUUUAGUCUAAUCCUAUCAUCUUCUCUUCCAUUAAUUUAAUCUUUCUUUUUAAUUAUGAAUUUAACAUACAUCUGCAAAUAUGAAAAUUUCAAUAUACAAAGAAUAAAAAGAGGAUUGUAUGCAAAACCAUGAACCUCUGUUACAUGCAGCUUGUUUUUUUUUAAUGUAUAUUAAAUUUAACAUGAUAAUGACAA